GGUGGAGGGAUUACAACAGUUCUUCCUCUCAAGCUUCCAGAAGGGGUUGCAAGAUUAUAAGAAGUUUUGACUUCUUGAAUUUCUGUGUUCCCUACCCCAUAUUUUUUAUGGUAAGUAGUUUACUACAAGUUUCUAAGAAACCAGUAGUAGUAGUAGUCUACUUAACUGCACCUUCUCUCUCCUAUGUCUUCUAGAAACAGGAAGGGGAUUGAUGACCACAAAAACGCUUCAGGCUGAAGAGUUGAUUAUUUCUUUGCCUGAAAAGUGCUUGCUUACUUCCAAUACUGUUCUUAACAGCUAUCUCAGAGAAUACAUUUUAAAAUGGAGGCCUCCAAUUUCUCCUUUGAUAGCAUUGUGUUCGUUUUUAAUAGCAGAGAAGUGGUCCCACAGGACGUCUGUGUGGAAGCCAUACCUGGAUCUCCUACCUGAAACAUAUACCUGUCCUGUUUAUUUGGAGCAAGAAACAGUGAACCUUUUCCCUGAGCCCUUAAGAAGAAAAGCCCUUGAGCAACGAUCAUUGGUCCAGGAGCUUUUUGCUUCUUCAGAGCAAUUCUUCUUUUCCUUGCAGCCUUUAUUUCCUGCUGAUGUGGCAAUUAUUUUUAACCUCAGUGCCUUCCAGUGGGCUUGGUGCACUAUAAAUACAAGAACAGUGUUUAUGAAACAUUCAGAGAAAGGCUAUUUUUCUAGAGAGCCAGAUAUAUAUGCUUUAGCUCCGUUUCUGGAUCUGCUAAAUCACAAUCCAAAUACCCAGGUGAAAGCUGCAUUUAAUGAAAACACAAAAUGUUAUGAAAUUAAAACACUUCAGGGCUGUCAAAAAUACAAAGAAGUAUUUAUUUCUUAUGGCCCUCAUGAUAACCAGCGACUGCUUCUAGAAUAUGGUUUUGUUGCUGCUUGUAAUCCACACAGCUGUGUGCAUGUUAGUACAGAUACAUUGCUUAAAUAUCUUCAUUCAGAAGACAAACAGAAAUCUAUGAAACUUUCCAUUUUACAAGAGCACAAGCUGUUAGAGGAUCUGACGUUUGGCUGGGAGGGGCCAUCUUGGACACUUCUUACAGCUCUGAAAUUGUUAUGUCUUGAAGCAGAUCAAUUUACUUUUUGGAAAAAAGUAUUGCUUGGAGAUGUUGCUUCAAAGAAGAAUGAAGAAAAGAGUGUGGAUCUUGCAACAAAAAUAUGUAUGUCAUUGAUGGAAGAAACUCAGCAUGUACUUCAGAAGGUUUCAGUCUUAAAAAAAUAUUGUGAACAUCUUGUGAACCAGCUGACUUUGGUGGAAGCAUUACAUACAGAAAACCUAAGAAUCUUGCAGAUUUCAUAUGAGAUUCUUCAGCAUUUACCCUCCACAGCCAUUUAAUUUUCCUGAAACAAAAUUGAGCUAGCCUCUGCAACAAUAAAACAAUUUAAUAUUCAGUAUGAACAAUCUGCAAAACAGAAACAGAAAAAACAAACAAACCAAGAACAUAUCUAUCAGACUUUAAAGUCCUUUAAUUAAGACUGCAUUAAUCCGAAGGAAAAUGUAUGUUGGGACAAAACAG